UGCGCAUGGGUGAGUGAAACAUGGCUGCUCUUGGAAGGUUGUUUGGGAAAGUGGGGCCUAGUGCCUCUGUAAUUUUGCAAAGAACAUCAUUUAGAAAUGUUUCUCCAAUUUACCAAGCCAGUCGUAAUGGCAGUAAAUGGUACCCAGAUAAGGAACAUUUUGAGAUGUGGACUCAACCCGUCAUGUAUCCAUGUGAAGAAUCAUCAUAUAGACAAUCACCUGCACAUAAUGAAAAUGCUAUCGUGACAGAGAAACAUAUUCAGAAUAUGGUGUUAAACUUUGGUCCACAACAUCCAGCAGCUCAUGGUGUACUACGUCUUGUACUUACUCUAGACGGAGAGACUGUUGUACGAGCUGAUCCUCAUAUUGGUCUGCUACAUCGUGCCACGGAGAAACUGAUAGAAUAUAAAACAUACCAGCAGGCGUUACCAUAUUUCGAUCGUUUAGACUAUGUAUCUAUGAUGUGUAAUGAACAGUGCUAUUCCCUAGCCGUGGAGAAACUACUAAAUAUUGAAAUUCCUCUCCGAGCUAAAUACAUUAGAACUUUAUUUGGUGAGAUUACUCGACUAUUAAAUCACAUUAUGUCUAUUGGUACCCACGCCCUGGAUGUUGGAGCCAUGACACCUUUCUUCUGGUUAUUUGAAGAAAGAGAAAAGAUGAUGGAGUUCUAUGAGAGAGUAUCAGGAGCUAGAAUGCACGCUGCUUACGUCAGACCAGGUGGUGUUUAUCAGGAUUUACCACUGGGUUUAAUGGAUGAUAUAUAUGAGUUUAUCACCAAAUUUGGUCAGAGAAUAGAUGAAACUGAUGCUGUGUUAACGGAGAAUAGAAUCUGGAAAGCAAGAACCAUCGACAUCGGCGUCAUUUCAGCUGAAGAUGCUCUCAACUAUGGUUUUAGUGGUGUUAUGUUGCGUGGUUCUGGUAUAAAAUGGGAUCUACGUAAAACCCAACCCUAUGAUGCGUACCAUCUGGUAGAUUUUGAUGUUCCUAUUGGUACAAAUGGUGAUUGUUACGACAGAUAUUUGAUCCGAAUGGAAGAAAUGCGACAGAGUUUAAGAAUUAUACAUCAAUGUUUAAAUGAUAUGCCUGAAGGUGAAAUUAAAGUUGAUGAUAAUAAAAUAGUUCCUCCUAAACGAGCGGAAAUGAAGGAAUCUAUGGAAGCUUUAAUUCACCAUUUUAAACUUUAUACAGAAGGUUAUCACGUACCCCCAGGAUCUACAUAUACAGCUGUAGAGGCUCCUAAGGGAGAGUUCGGUGUAUAUUUAGUAUCAGAUGGUACAAACAAACCAUACAGAUGUAAAAUAAAGGCUCCAGGAUUCGCUCAUCUGGCUGGGUUAGAGAAAUUAUCAACAAAACAUAUGUUAGCUGAUGUUGUAGCUAUUAUUGGAACUCUGGAUAUUGUAUUUGGUGAGGUAGAUAGAUAAACUUGAUGUGAUAGAAAUAAAAAUCUGAACUAAUAAAACAAGUGGAGUCUGUAUCUAAUAAAACCUGUUAAAUCUACUAAAAUUGAUCCUAAUUAAGGUCUCCUAUAUAAUAUAUAGAUUUUAAAAUAGGAUCAAUUUUAAGUAGAGGAUACAGGUCUGAUAACAACUCAAGACAAUAAGACAGAGACAAGUAUGGAAUAUGGCAUUUCGAAUAAAAGACCAAAUUUAUCUGAAUACAGUUCAUAUUUAUUUAAUUUAAGGAGAAAAUUUAUUUAGUGUUCGUAUUAGUUUGUUUUCGGAAUAAAAUAUCUAAUAACUCACAAGAAAAUAUCUAAUAUGUUUAGCCAUCCAUUAAAAGUUGGUAGGCUAGAGAUACAGUACCUACCAGUACAAUGAAAAUGGUUGUAUCAAAAUAAAGUAUAUUUUAUUUGUUAGCUAUCUUAGUAAACUUUGUUUCUAUUAUAUAAGACCUGAUGGAACUAACUGGUAAAUUGUUGAAAUGUAAAUAGUUUGUAUGAUUGAACUGAUGUAUUUAUACACAAUAAAACAUCAUAAAGUGCUAAUAA